AUGUGGCUCUACCGGGGCGCGCAGAGUGCCGUCUUCUACUAUGCCACUUGCACCCCUUGUGCUAUGAGCAUUGAUCGCCGCAAACGCAAGAACGAUGCCGUCCGAACACAACGCAUGCAGCAAAGAUACGAACUCGAAGUAGUCACCGAUCAACCCCGUCCAUUCCCUCAGCCGACUCCAUUCAGCACCAAUGAAGGGUGGCGGGAGGAAAUUGCCCUGGGCCCAGGGCCUCCAACUCGUCGAGGUGGAAAUCGGAAUUUUCAACGGACAAACAGCUGGAACACCGAUCAAAGUUCGCAAAUGAAAGACAAGAGUGGGAGCCUGAUGCAUCCGCUCGGCGAACGGUGGAACCGGAUGCGAUACCAACGCGAGGAUGAACCACUCUGGGGCCAGGAACAAGAAGUACGUGGAUCGUCCAUUGGAUUUUCAGGGAGUGGCCGUGCCGACCCUGAGCCCAAGUAUUACGCUGCUCGUGCCCCACCCGUGAACGAUCUCCAUCCCCCAAUUGUGAGCGGUCCGAUCAGCCGUGCCGAAACUCGAUGGAUGCUCCAACCACCACCAAGUGCGAGGGUCAUGGAAGGCAAGACAAGUUUUGCCAAUUCUCCUCGCGACAGUGUAGGCAAUUUCCCUGGUGAUCGUCUGUCUCGAGUCGUUCAAAGCAGCUCUCGCCGUAACGAAAUAGUUGCGGAACAGUUCAGUAAUGACGGAGCCCUCGACUUGAAUCUUAUUCAACAGAAUAUGCCGCGACGGCCAUCUGUAAGCCGCGUGCGUGAACGCUCCGAUAGUUUCUCACGUGAAGACUUCGAGUUCUCACGGCAUUCUCGAUCCGAUUCUAUGUUCUCUCUGGCCCAUAGCGACGAUCUAUCUCCCAGUUCUUCCUGGAAAUAUCCAGACACCCCUGAGACACGGCGGGCUUCUAAAUCCAUCGACGAAAGCGACAAAGCCCCGCACCGUCCGCAGAUAUCUAAACACCUUUCGACCAUGCAACGACCCGAUAAUAAACACAAGGUCCAUCUCCUCCACCUCGAGAUCAAUGAUGAUCAUGAUGAGCUCGGCCUCGGUCAACUAGAACGCAUUCGCCCGUGGCGCUGGAGCAUGGAUAUUUAA